UACUCGUGAGAAGCGAGUUUCAGUUCAGCUUUCCACUUCUCGCUAGGCGGCACAUCCUAAUUCGGAUAAUCAGGAACAAAUAUAAAUACUCUUCCUAUCUUGAAGUACCAGACAGAUGGCCGACCCAACAAAGUGAAGAAGUCUAAGAAGGUGGAAGGAAAGACACCGAGAACAGAGUAAAGAUAAAAAGUAAAGAUGGCAGCUUUGAUUACCGGUCUGGCCCGACUCUUUCAGCCAACGAUGAUGCUCCCUGGAGGAAAAUCGGAAGGUCUUGGCCUGGCCCCAUGGUACCUCCUCUUGGGCCUACGCCUGGUGGCCCUCCUUCUAGCCAAUGACCCCUGGUCCUCUGCCAAGACAGACCUGGUCUGUAACUGGACGAAGACAACAAUGGAGGAACAUCUUCAGCCUUUCUGUCAAGCUCUCUGCUUCAACCAGCACUUCUCUUCUCCCGUCUCUUCGGCGUGGGGCCUUGGUUUCCUGUUCGGCCUCUUCCCUGUGGGGCUUAUGGGGCUGAUAAAGAUUGUAUCCGAGCACCAGAAAAAAGCUGCAAGCGCAGGAGAGGAAGAGCAAGGCAACCCUGAUGGCCCCAAUUAUGGCACCAUGAUGGCUGCAGCAUCUCACUCAUCCCACAAAGAAGCCAUCUUAGAAAAGAACGCAGCUCCCUUGGAUGCCAAGACGUCUCCUCCGUCUACCUGGCACGUAGCAGCCUUUGGUUGCCUGGUGAUUCUUCUCCUGGUAAUGGAGCUGGUUUUCCUCUGGGUUGUAAUUGCUCUGCAGAUUCCGUUGGUGUCUGACUUGACCUUCCGGUGUCUUCUCGAGGGAAGGGCCUGUCCCCCAAUUCUUGAGUGUGUCAUGCUGGGCCAAGUAGACAAGCAGGUAGCCUUGUGGGGAUUGAUCUUCACGGCCAUUAUGAACGUGGUUGUUUGCCUGUCCUGCCUCCUCUUAAGACUUGUGAAGAUUUGCCGGUGCCGGCAGUGAUAAUGCGUGAAGAGUGCCCCCCCUCCCCAAAAAAAGUUUCUUCUACUAGCCGCCCCAAAAACUUGCCUUUUCAAGUUCUAUAUUU